GUAGCCAUAGCAACGGUUAGACUCGCCAUGGGGCUCAGCGACGGGGAAUGGCCUGUGCUGAACGUCUGGGGGAAGGUGGAGGCUGACAUCCCGGGCCACGGGCAAGAGGUCCUCAUCAGACUCUUCAAGAAUCACCCUGAGACCCUGGAGAAGUUUGACAAGUUCAAGGGCCUAAAGUCGGAGGAUGAGAUGAGGGCCUCCGAGGACCUGAAGAAGCAUGGAGGCACCGUGCUCACCGCCCUGGGCGGCAUCCUCAAGAAGAAGGGGCAGCACGCGGCCGAGCUGCAGCCUCUGGCCCAGUCCCACGCCAACAAGCACAAGAUCCCCGUCAAGUACCUGGAGUUCAUCUCCGAGAUCAUCAUCCAGGUCCUGCAGAGCAAGCACUCCGGGGACUUUGGCGCCGACGCCCAGGGAGCCAUGAAGAAAGCCCUGGAGCUGUUCCGAAACGACAUGGCCGCCAAGUACAAGGAGCUGGGGUUCCAGGGCUAAGCUCUG